AUGUUUAACAAACUUAAAAUUCUGGUAUUUUCUGAUACGUUUUUAAGCAUAAACCAACAGUCUCGAUGUUUAGCGAGGUGGUCUAGUCGUAAGCCUGCCAAACUAAUUCCUGCUGAAGAAUAUGAUGAAGAAGCAGAUAAACAUUCACCAAAGGGUAAACUUGGUGUUGAAUGGUCUGGGAAUUAUUUCAAAAAUAAAUCAACAGAAAAUACCAGGCCAAAAGAUAUAGAGCCUAUUACAAUUUCAAAGAAAAGAAUGUCUCCUAAAAUUACAAUGGAUAUGUUAGAAACUACCACAGAUGAAAAUGGUGAUUUUAUUUACACGAAAAUGAAGAAUAAUGAUCCUAGGAUAAGUCAAUUAUUGACAGAAAUAAAAUCAAACAAGGAAAGAGAUAAAAGAGACCUUAUGCUGCUGGAAGGGAAGAGAUUUGAUGAAGUAGAAUAUUUAAAACCAUCCAUUCCUAAAAUAGGAGCAAAAUUAUAUAAAAUGCCUUUAAAAGAAAUGCAGAUGUGGUCGGAUUUAACAACAUGUCCUGGUAUAAUGGGAAUAUUUAAAAUUCCUGAUAUUGAAUCCCACAGUGUAUCAAAUGGUGCUCUUCCAUUAACAAUUGUUUGUGACAAUAUUAGGGAAGCAGAUAAUUUAGGUGCUAUUUUAAGGACUAGUAGUGGAGUUGGAUGUGAACAAGUGCUUUUAACAAAGGGGUGUGUUAAUGUUUGGGAUUCAAAAGUACUGAGAAGUGCAUGUGGAGCACAUUUUAAACUUAGAAUUAAGAAAAAAGUUAACAUGGAUACUAUUAUGGAAGAUCUGCCUCCAAACUGCAACUUCUUUAUUGCUGAUAAUAGAGUUAUAUCAAUGACCACUAUUGAUGAAAAUUAUGAUAAAAAACUAUUGUCCUCUUUAUUAGAGUCUAUUCCUAUUGUACCUUAUUAUGGACUAAAGUUUAAUCCAAAUGAACAUAAUGUUCUUAUUGUGGGAGGUGAAACUGAGGGUAUUAGCUUAAACUCUUAUAGUUUAGUUUCAAAUUUAAAUGGAGUUAGAAUUAAUAUACCACUUGGAAAUAAUGUUGAUAGUUUAAAUGUAGGUACAGCACUUGGAAUAAUUGUUUUUGAAAUGAAAAGGCAGUACAUAUCUAAAAUUAAAAAUGAUGUUAGGGACAAUAUAAAAGAUGAGUUUUCAUAA